CCAACUCCGUCCGGCCUUUUCGAACCGCGACCAUCGCCGACUGCUGGUAUUGGAGUCUUCGCCAUUGCCGCCAUACCUUCGGGCACAAGAAUACUGUGCGAAGCUCCGCUCUUUGCGCUUCCUGACGACGACGAUGUUAUAGCGUGUUAUCUCGCAAUCAAAGACUUACCCCUGGAUCGACAAUCUGCAUUCUGGUCUCUUGCCGGCUGUACGAGUCCUCCAGGAGAUACCGAAUGGAUCGACGAGCUGCGAGAAGCCUAUGAUGAAGACAUGGGCGAUGCGUUUGACGAUCUAGUCAAGAAAUACGAAGAUGCAUUCUCGAUAUUCGAGACCAAUCGCUUCACUUUGCGCUACCCCGAUGGCUCACCUAACAAGCUGGGAGUCUUUCCAAACGUAAGCCACCCUCUUUUNGCUGCGCGAUUUAACCAUUCAUGCUCGCCCAACGUUUACCAUCGCUACAAUCCAUACAUAGACCGACUCACCAUACACGCCCUUCGCGACAUCCAUCCGGGUGAGGAGAUUUGUACCGCCUACAUCGAUAUUUGUCAUGACACGGCCGAAAGACGUCGCAUUCUACGCCACUGGGGAUUCACUUGUUGUUGUGAGGCAUGCGAGGCACAAGAUCCAGCGCGCGAGGCUCGAAGAAGUAGACUGGAAAAGCUCAUGACUACCAUGCAAAGGAGAGAGAACAAGAGGUCUUUCGAAAACUGGGGCGUCUGGGACUACGCAGAAGCUCUCACCACUGUGGAAGAAAUCAUCUCCAUCAUGUUGGACGAUGGCCUGGAAGAGACAGACACACUUGGCGAAGCCUACGAGAACGCGGCAACGUACAAUAUUGCUAUGGAUUGCAGGGAAGAUGCUAUCAAGUGGGCNCGAAAAGACCUGGAGAUCGAACGUAAGUGCUGCGGCGAGGACAGCGCUGAAUAUGCCACAGCAUUGGCAUUGCUGGAAUCUGCCCGAGCGAUG